AUGGACGCCAGCCAGCUGGUCUCUGCGACCAUCACGGCGCUGCCGGCGCUGUGCACGACGACUCUAUUACCAGCCGCCGGGGUCAUGACAUUGGGGCCCCAGGGCGUCCCAGUCCCCUUGAUCGAGCCCGCCGUCUUCCAGAUUCCUUGCCCGACUGUGAAUCUCGUUCCUCGGAUCGCCGUGGAGGCUUCGGGCGAUGAGAGUAGCCUCACUCAGCACGAGGCAUCUGAGAGCAGUCCCAAAUUUUCCGAUUUCCGCGAUCCUUUUUACGCCUCAACUUUUCCAAUAUGUUACGCCCUCGCCGCGACCACCGUCACGGCUUACAUGCUCGUCGUUAUGCUCUUCGUCACCCCUCGCUCCUUUCUCGACGGAGGCGUUGUCUACCUCGGCCGGCGAUCCGGUUUCACCCACAGCUCGUCCAGCAGCGUCAGCAUUGGCGGACGUCCUUGGCUGCAAAAGGUGGCCGCUUUGACUGUCGCCAUUUCACUUACCAUCGCCUCCGCGGACACAUUCCAGGUGGCUCAGAAUCAGUAUACGUGGGGGAUCCAGAACGCGAAGCAGCUGCAGGACGAGGUCAUGAACAGCGUGGAACUCAAGGUUAUCCGUCUUGUCUCAGACACGUUCCUCUGGCUUGCUCAAGUACAGACUUUGAUUCGACUGUUUCCCCGCCAGCGAGAAAAGAUCAUCAUCAAAUGGGUUGCUUUUGCGCUCAUCACCCUUGAUGUCAUUUUCAGCGCAAUUACUAGCUUUCAGUACUCGGACAACGGCAUCAACACCAACGUUCGACCCAAAAACUUUGUACAUCCCGUCCCCGCCCUCAGCUACCUCUUUCAGCUGUCAUUGGGACUCUUAUACGCGGCGUGGGUUGUCUACUUUGCGCUCAUGAAGAAGCGCUACGCAUUCUAUCACCCCUUUAUGAAGAACAUUACCCUCGUCGCAAUCAUUUCGAUCACUUCGAUUUUGAUUCCCGUCGUCUUUUUCAUUCUCGAUAUUUCACAACCCGAAUUUACUGGAUGGGGAGAUUAUGUGAGAUGGGUUGGCGCAGCAGCCGCCAGUGUGGUUGUAUGGGAGUGGGUGGAAAGAAUUGAGGCUUUGGAGCGUGAGGAGAAGAAGGAUGGUAUCCUCGGCCGGGAAGUAUUCGAUGGCGACGACACGCUCGAGAUCAAUGCGGCCGAAUUCCCAUGGCUUCGAAAUCGAAAGACAAGAAAGGGAGGAGGUGGAGGAGGAGGCGGCGGCAACGGUGGUGGCGGCGGAGGUGGAGGACAAGCAUCUUCAGGUGCAGCCAAUGGAUGGGCCAACGUUUCCGCCAUUACCGGUCGAUAUCGUGGGCAGGAUAACGAGGGUGCUCAGGAAACUACGGAGCAGUCAGGACAGAGGGGCAUGGGUAACAUCCUACGGCCCACGAUCUGGCCAACCCGUCCAGCACCGGCAGUAACGCCCAUCAGUCGAACCGACACAGCUAGCGCGGCGAGUACAGUCUAUGCCGUACGAUAUCCGCCAUCAUCAGAGGCGACGACACGAACACCUGAACCUCUACCACAACAAAGUAUGGUGGAUUUGAGCCGACAAAACAGUAUCCCUCAGAGUCACCAGACGAACGACGAGCCUACUCCUCCCAAUCAGGCCCCAGCCUCAGUACAGAAUGGCCAUGUUGUCUCGCCUGCAGCCCGUCAACCGGUAGACCUGGAGGCCAACACACCGAAUAGCCCGACUCAUGGUGGCUGGCGGAAUCUCACAUUUGCCAGCCCGAUUUUCCGUCGUUCGAGUGAGGAUCCGCCACAGGAGGUUGCACAGCACUCGCAGCAUAUACCAGAACCCGAACGCGAGGGACGGACAACCGUACCAAGUAGGUGGGAUCUAAGGGCUCGUCUGGAGGACUUUGCAGCAAACCAAGCUGAGAAGCUGCGGGAUCGAGUGCGGUCAGCACCCAACACAGAGAGCCUUCCUGUGACGGUGAUUCCAGCACCUCCACGAAGAGGGGCCGCGCUCCAGCAGGUUCUUGAAGAGGAGGAGCUAAAUACGGCAGAUCAACAAUCGAGCAGCAGAGAAGGGCUUACGAACAACAACGACAGCCACAGCAGCAUGUCUCGAGAAGCAUCAGGAGAAGUGACACAGCUGGACAGGAGUCGAAGCACGCUGUCAGGAAGCCAACUAGGCGAGGUUCCGAUCCCAGCCACCAACCCGCCGCUAUGGCGAGGCGUGCAGCCCAGGGUGAUGUACGAGGAUGACUAUUACUACUCUGGCGACGAGGACUCGGUGUCAGAAAGGUCAUCACUUGAUCACCGGCGACAAGAUUUGGACUCGCCUGGCCCGCAGCGAGCGACUUGA